ACCACUAUACGGAAGCAGAACCCAAACCCUAUUUUGCAAUCUCGAUGUUGUUUGUCCAUACAAUACUGCUUCUAUGUUAGUGUUUGAUACGCAAUUUUAUCAAAGCAGGAAAGAUUUCUGACCAUUAAGUUAAAUCGGCAUGGGUGUUACAGAAUUAGAGGAAUCUUCUCUUUUACUGGACGACAAGCUUCUCCGUUUCAUGGACCUGCUGGAGUUACUGGCAGAGAAACGAGCCACGCUUAACUCUCUCAUCGAGCAGGGAUGGUUUUCUAUAUCCAAGGCUAGAUACUCCAUGGGAAACAAGCAAGUGUCUGCUCUUCAGUAUGCAAGUGAAACUGAGCCCCUAGUUUAUGUGAAUGCAAGAACACUCGAUGAUGGUGAGGUGGAUUUCUGCACAGAAAAGGCUGAGCAAAAAUCUAGUUAUGAGCCUGAAAAAGAUUCACAGUCAAUAGAGGAUAUUGGACCUCAAGAAGAAGGUGUCAGGAGAAGAAACAGGCCAAAAAAAGAUACCAUGGAAAAAGAGGAUAGAGAAGAAGGAAGCGACAAGAAAACUCCUGAAGUAACUUCAGUUAAAAUAAGUCAUCACAGUCCUCAGCAAGAUCCACUGAAAUGGUUUGGGAUUCUGGUGCCUCAGUCUCUAAAACAAGCACAGUCGUCAUUCAAGCAAGUUAUAGAGCUGUCAGCUGAGAUUGCGACCCUUCAAGCUGCUGUGGUGAAAACACGUCAGGAGCUAAAACACGACAUUGAAGACAAACUGAUACUCCAGGAGAAAGCCUCAGCGGUCCAGCUAGAGAAGCUGGCAGAGUGAAAAACUAAAGAUGGUCUGAGAGUGUGAGCAGACAUAUCUGUUGAGAGCAAAAUAGUUUCUUUUAUUUAUAUUUGAAUUGCUCAGUUUGAAUAAUAUUAAACAUUUAGAUUUGAAUCAAAGUUAAAAUGACAUUGCUUAACUUUGAUAAUUGCACUAAAACACUGAAUCUAAAUUAUAUAAUUUAUAUGGUUCAAAUUUAUAUUUGUUUAAUACAAUUAUUCAAGUUAAAUUUAAAUAAAAUUCAGUUUCUUUGGUUGGCUUCUCAGCCAUCUGAACUCAACAGUGAUACUCCAGGUGGAUUUUAGAGUGGGGAUUACAGAUGUAGCAGUCCCUACUCUUGUUGGAAUGGAUGUUUGAAGAUUGCCAUCUUUCCGGAUUACCUCAAUGGACUAUAAAGAAGAAUUUUCAUGAAUAAAACAAAACUUGUAAAAAUCCUUCCCACAAUGUACCCUUAAUUUAGCAUUUAUACUUUUUAUUUGGCGGUUGAAUUAAAUUUUUUUUGAUGAUUUACCGGUAUUUUUAAAAUCAGAUACCAGGGAUCAAAUUCCAUAACUUGUUGGUUGUUUUGUUAGCAAUUCCUGUGACUGACUUUUUUUCUUUAGGUAAUAAUGUAAAUGAACAUUGUGGUUAGUCAAUAAAACACGCCAAGUAUCAGUCAAUGUAUUUUGUCCAGAUGUCCUUUAGCCCUUAAAUGGUAAGAAACCAUUCAGACAAACCAGUAAGCAAAUCAAGAAUUUGUAUGUUUUAAUUUUAUUAAACCUCAAAUGUUCUCA